UGUCCACUAUAAGAAUUGCUUUUUGACAGCUCGACGGUUUAUAGCUUUAGUGAUGUUCAAAAGAUUCUCGAUUGUGAUAUCAUUCCGAUUAUGAAUUUUUAACAUAAUCAUUAAUCGAAUAAAUAAAUUAAAUUAAUUAAAUUAUUACGUAAAUGUAAUAAUAAGUACAUAUUAUAAAGAUACAUUUUAUGUUGCAUUUUUGUUUUGUUUAUAUGUUAUUUUAUAUAUCAUUUAUUAAUAUAAAUACAUAUAUUUUAAUUGCUAAAAUCUCCAAACGGUUUGACAUUAUAUUACCUAUAUGUAUACUGGUAACAUCAACCGACCAUCCACCGGCCACAAUUUUGACGUCAUCCGUCACUCGCAGCAAAACGCCCGUGCCAGUCACACGCAUUUAUGUUCGCUGAGUGUUCUCUCGCAUUUGUUAGUCGCCUUGAGUUGAGUAGUUUUAUUCCUCGGUGCAUCUUUUGUGAGUGUUUAGAUCCAUUGAUCUUGAAAAUGCCGAAAGGACAAGUUUUGAAAGGACAAUCCAGACAGUUAGUGCUAAAACUUUGUGAUUUCUUUGAGAAAGAAAAUCAAAAUGGCGGUCCUCUCAUACCUUUCUCGCAAGUGCGAAACCGUGUUUCGGUUGCAUUGGGUAUCAGUCUACCAACUGUGACUAAAAUUACGAAUGAUGCCUACGGUAGGAGCGGCUUGGAAAGAAACAAACCUUCUACACCAAAAAGAAAGCGUCGGCCUCGUAAGGUGACAGGUGUUGAUGAUUUUGACGCUGAUGCCAUUCGUCGUCAUGUAUAUGACUACUAUUUAAAAAAAGAAAUUCCAACUUUAAGAAAACUUAUUGUUUCCUUGCAAAGAAGUGGUUUAUUUCAUGGUCAAAAAUCUUCAUUGGCCAAAGUUUUAAAAACAAUUGGCUUUUCAUUUAAAAAAUCUGAUAAAAGAAAAGUGUUAAUGGAACGAACUGAUGUUGCUUUGUCACGAUGUGACUUUUUAAGAAAGGCAAAAAGAAUACAAGAUUGGACAAAUAUUGUUUUUACAGAUGAAACAUGGCUCAACGCUAACCACACAAUAUCCCGUUCCUGGACUGACGGUACUGCUGCAUCAACCUCCGCAGUACCAAUGGGAAAAGGUGAACGCCUCAUCAUAUGUCACGCUGGUACGGCAAAAGGUUUUGUACGAAAUGCACUGCUGGCAUUCAAAUCUAAGAAAUCAGGCGAUUACCACGAAGAAAUGAAUGCAGAGGUCUAUGAAGAGUGGUUCAAAAACAUGCUCCUAUCAUUGGAAGAACCAUCUACAAUUUUAAUUGAUAACGCACCUUACCACUCUCGCCAAAUUGAUAAAAUGCCAACACAAGCUAAUAAAAAACAUGAAAUUAUUAAUUGGCUUCGCGAUAAUGGAGAAAAUGUGGACGAUUCUAUGUUAAAAAUAGAAUUAUUACAAAUAUUAAAAACAAAAAAAAAACCUAAACGCUAUGUAAUAGAUGAAAUGGCAGCAGAAUAUGGCCAUAUCGUCCUUAGAAUUCCUCCUUAUCACUGCCAAUACAACGCUAUAGAGCUCAUCUGGGCUCAAGUAAAAGGGCAUGCUGCGAGAAGCAAUACGAGCCCGCCAUUCACAGCGAAUAAAAUGUUGGCAUUACUAAAAGACGCUUGCACCCACGUGACGGCCGAGAACUGGGCAAGAGUGGUGGAGAGAACUAAACGUAUCAUAUUAUCUGAUUGGGACCGUGAUAUUGCAUUCGACAAUAUAUGCACACAAGACCUUAUCCUACAUAUUACUGAAGACUCCUCAUCGGACGAAUCCAGUGAAGAUUGUAAUUCUGACGACUUAGGCUAAUAAAAUAGAUUAAACUAC